GGAGUGAUUUUUUUCAUGCGCAAGCAUGAACGAGUACGAAGUGAUAACCACCGUGGGUGAAGGGGCACACGGAAUUGUUCUGCAAGCCCGUCAUUCCAUCAGUGGUGAUAUUGUAGCCUUGAAGAAGGUGACACUUAAGAAAAUCUCCACCGAAGGAAUUCCAGUGCAAAUGGUCCGUGAAAUCAAAGCCCUUCAGUGCAUUGAGCAUGAGAACGUGGUCACUCUCAUCGACGUGUUUCCUCAAGGUCUCAGUUUUGUUCUCGUGUUUGAAUUCAUGCCUUCCAAUUUAUGGGAGAUUUUGGACAACUAUCGUUUGAACGGUUCUCAAAUCAAGUGCUACAUGAAUAUGUUAUUAAAAGCUUUGGAAUAUUUACAUGAAAACCAUAUACUGCACAGGGACUUGAAACCAGCAAAUCUUCUUAUAAGCAAUGAUGGGUCUUUGAAAGUGGGAGAUUUUGGCCUUUGUCGUCUUCACAAUCAAGGUCAACAUGUUGCUUAUUCUCACCAAGUAGCGACGAGAUGGUACCGGUCCCCCGAGUUAUUGUACGGAGCACGAUAUUACGACGAAGGUGUCGACCUAUGGGCAGCAGCAAUUAUUUGUGCCGAAAUGCUAAAAGGAGAACCAGUCUUUCCUGGAGAGAAUGAUAUUGACCAACUGUACCUCGUAAUCUCGAGUCUGGGGACGCCAGAUGAAACUUCCUGGCCUGGACGAUCCGAAUUACCGGAUUACAAUAAAAUAUCAUUUCGCCCAAUGGACCCCGUCCCUCUGACCACACUCGUCCCAUCCGACGUCCCGAAAUACGAAGAGUUCAUUGGAAGCUUUCUCAUAUACAAUUCUAGUAAACGGAUCUCUGCAAAAAGUGCCAUGGAUCACGAAUUUUUCAGAACCCAUCCUUUACCAUGCUCAAUCUCGGAACUUCCUCCUCUGCCCACCCUUAAAUCUGUUAUGUUUAAGGAUUUUGAUUCCCUUAAGAUUUGUGACGAUGCUUCUGCUAGUAACACGAGCUCAUGUUCAACAUUAAAAUGAUAACAUUGAAAAUUGUGAAAUAUGCGUAUGUUUACUUGUUAUUAUUUACAAUACCUUAAUUUGUAACAAAUAAAGUGUUAAUUACCACAUCGUGAAAAAUAAAUAGUACAAAUUUUAUUGUUUGAAAA